AUGGAAGAGUCUAAAAAUCUGUCUAAAAAAUACAAAGCUGCUAGCAAACAACUUUAUUAUCUCAAGCAAAAGCAUAAGGAUUCUUAUGGGCAAGCAGCCAAUAAGUCCUUAGAGUUGAGUGGCUCUUAUACUUGAACUAUUAAGAAAACAAGAAAGCAGUAUAAUAAAAUCAGGCCUGUUAUUAGUUUAAAUAACCAAAACAGAAGACUUUCAGAGAAUAAGAAUGCCAAGAAGCCUAAAAAAAUGAGCAAAAAUAAGAUAAAUUGAACCCAUGAGAUUAUUUAAGACCAAAAAGACAGCUGAUUUCAAAUUAGGAGCAGCGACAGAGCGAGAUAAAUCAUUAGAUAAAAGUUCUAAGCAGUCUAAUUCAUUAAUCCUCAAUAAAUUCAAUCUUUCAGUCUCAAAGGAAUCAAGCAAUAAGAUGAGUGGGAAUAAGAUCAAUGCAGUUUACAAGACAGGGAUUAGGGCUAGUGAGAAGAAACUGAAAAAUAAGAAAACUAAGAGAUACUCCAUUGGAGAGAAAGCAUCUGCAGCUAGUAAAUUCUCUCUUAAAAUUGGGAGAAAUAGUCUUAAUGAUUCGAAUUCUAACUCUUCAGUUGAACUAAAGAGUUUAAAAUACAAGACUAAAGCAAGACCGCCUAAUUAUUGUGAAUAUUUUGUGCGAAAAUCAUCAUUGAGCAGCAAAUCUAAAGAAAAAUCUAAAUCAAAGAGUAAAACUAGAGAGCAGUCAAAAGCAGGAACGAGUCAGGACAGGAAGAAGACUAAGGUAUAUCUUAGCUCUUCUUUGGUGAACCAGAGUAGGGAUAGCAAAAUAAUUAAGAUUCAAAAAUCUUUCCAGUCACCUUCUUUAAAAUCAAUCAGUAUUUCUUUGAGAAAGUCCUCCAAAAUUCAUCAAAACAGGAAUAAGAAUGCUAAGCUUAAUAAAUACAUUAGCCUAACAAAAAGAACGAAGAAUGACAAUUUGAAGAAGACCUCCAUGGUGAAGUCUAAUCAGAUUUUGCCGAAAUAUGAGAAGCCAAAGAUAAGAUCUGAGCACAGUAUAAAAUCUUUGUCUAAGAUUGAGAAGGUGACAGGAAGUAGUUUUCAUUCAGAGCGUGUCAAGGUCAAAAACCAGCCCUCUACGACUAAAAAUCAACAUAAGGGUAAAAAUACUGUAGAGAAUAGACUUAAGAACACCAUAUUCAGAUCUCUAAAUGACGUCAAUAAAGUUCUUAAGCGAAGAAAGAUGGGAGAAGACAGAAAGAGUAAGAGCAAGCAAAGAAGGCAAUCGAAUUCUUUGCAUCAUCAUGGAAAUGAAAUUCCCAUGUCUGACUCAAACAAAACAAAGGCAACUAUGGCAGAAUCUCCUCAAGUCUUAUUCCCCAUGGAUCCAAUCCUAAUGGUUGAGAUGUACCAUAAAACCUUAUCACAGCUUGAAAAGGAGGAAAUUAAGGAGUUUCAGACUCUUGACCAUGACUUUAAAAUCUAUUUCUUAGGAGAUAUCCCAAAAAGAAAAACUGUCCCGGAAGAUAUGGAGAUAGAUGACGACAAAGGCAACUUAAUUGCAGACAAAGGUAGCAAUAUCUACUAUAGAUAUGAAAUCAAAGAUUUCAUUGGCAAAGGUAGUUUUGGAAAAGUGUACAAAGUGUAUGAUCAUAAGGAAAAAUAGAGAUAUUGCACUCAAAAUCCUUAAAAAUUUUCCUCAGGAAGAAAACCAGAUUGACCUAGAACCUGAAAUUUUGAUGUAUCUUAGCAAGAGAUGUUUGAAAAACGGGUCGGAUCUUACUAGUCAUCAUGUCAUAGAUAUCCAAGAUUAUUUUGAAUUUAGGAUUCACAAAUGCUUAACCAUGCCUAUCUAUGAGGCCAAUUUAUAUGAGAAGAUAAAGGAAUUGAACCAUACUGGCUUCACCACUGAUAUCAUUAGAAGGAUAGCCAUUCAGAUGCUCAGGUGUCUGAAAUUUUUGAGGGAGAACAAUGUGAUACAUUGAGAUUUAAAACCUGAGAACAUCUUGCUGAAAAACAGCAAGAAAUCAGGAAUAGUAGUAAUCGAUUUUGGAAGUAGUUGAAUGGAACAUCAGAAAUUAUAUGCAUAUAUUCAAAGUAGGUUCUAUAGAGCCCCUGAAAUCCUUCUGGGUAUUCCGUACUCCUAUGCUAUUGAUAUGUGGAGCCUUGGGUGUAUUCUAGUUGAGAUGUACAUUGGGGUCCCUUUAUUUGACGGAAAAGAUGAGAAAGAGCAGCUCUGUUUGAUUAUGGAGCUAAGAGGAAUACCUCCAAUCAAUUUGAUAGAAAGCUCAAGCAGAAAAGAGCAAUUCUUCGAUGAAAAUUUAAUGCCUUUGAUGAUAAAAGACGACAAUCAGAAAGUUAUUCGUCCUAAUAGCAGCUCAUUGACUCAUUUUAUAGAAGCAAGUGAUAAAAAUUUCAUGAAAUUUAUUGAUGCUUGACUUCAUUGGGAUCCUGAGCUGAGAAUCACUCCUGAUGAAGCUUUGAGACACGACUGGAUCCUUGAAGGGCUCCCUGAGAAUUUACAGUUGUCUUUGACAGGGAGAAAAUAA